CCUCUGAAAAUAAAGUUAAAAGAAAAAAAAAGAAAAAAUUGGAUUCAGUCCACCGUUCACGGAGGCUGUGGAGGUUCCGUAGGCGGAGCUCAGUCAUGGCCAUGGGCACUCGAAUCGCGAGAACAUCACUCUCAUCAUCAUUAAUCACUCUGAUUAGGAAAUCAACGGCUGAUAAUCCUCGAUGGUCCUCUUCUUCCUCCUCAUCCUCAUCAUCAAAGCCUGACACCAAUAGGAAGAAGAUAAACGACCGUUUGUCGGAUGUUAUUGACGCCGUUAACGACCGUAAGCUUCCUCCUGAACUCCGCGGCCAACGUAACUCUGUCAGGUCAGAAACAGAUAUCAUAAAUGUUGUUGAGCGAAGAAUAUGGCAGUCCAUGGAGGAAGGUCACUUCGAGAACUUACCUGGAAAAGGCAAACCCCUGAACCUUAACACUAAUCCUCAUGCAGACCCAGCUGACGACACUUUGUAUAGAAUACUCUCGAAAAAUGGAUGUGCACCGGAAUGGGUUGAACUAAACAAAGAGAUAAGGAACCAAACAUCCGAAUGGCGGGUUGCGUUAAAGAAAGAAUGGACAACUAAGUGCAAUGGCGAUCAUUCUAAAUGGACUAAAAGUUCUGAGGCUUUGAUGAUGCAAUUGAAAGAUAUAAAUGACAAGGUUUUCCGCUACAACCUCAUUGUUCCCUUCGGACGCCAAAUGAUUGGAUUGAAGUGGGAAAAGGAAUUGAACCGUUUAAAUGAAUGAUCGUCACUGUUUUCCUGCCUUCAUACAUUUUUAAAUGAGCUGUAGAAGUAAGAUCAGAAGAUGAACAUGCUGCUGAAACUCGGAAUAUAUUCUUGAAACAUAUGUUGUUUGUUUUGGUGUUUCUCUUUUCAGAAUUUCCAUGCAAUGUAGGUGGCAAUUUUUGAUUGCCGACAAGCUAGCAUAUAAUAGAAAAUGUUUGAGAGAUCAUAGUAAACUACUUUUCUGUUGCUGUUGUAAAACAUUAAAUUAAAAUCGUUCUUCCACGUGGACACCUGAAUAUGAAAAUAAAUUUGGGGUGUGCAAAAUUUAACUGAA